UCCACCACCACCCCUAGCCAUGAGCUAAGCCCACACAACCCUGGGCGUCCCUUGCAGGAUGACUGCCGUCUGCCCCUUUGAGAGCAGCCCAGAGGGGGCUGAAGCUGGGGCUGGGACAGCAGGCUCUAGGGUGCCGGGGGUAGCAGGCCCUGGUGGGAGCAUCUCAGUUUCUGGGGCAGAGACCGGGGCGUCAAAUGGAGACUCCGUCGGAGGUUCCGUUAGAGGAACAGCUGUGGUUCCUGGUGGCCAAAGGUACACCCGCUGGAGCCGCCAGGACAGCUCAGACAUCAACACAGACGAUGAGGGAGCCACCAUCCGCCGCCUCACUCCCCUGGAAAGGCUGAACCUGGAUAUGUGCCAGGAUGAAAGGGUGGUCCGCGAGCUGACUUUGGGCAGAAGAAUCGGCUUCUACAAAAUUCGAGGAGAGAUUGGCUGCGGAAAUUUCUCCCAUGUCAAGCUAGGAAUCCACGCCCUCACCAAAGACAAAGUGGCUAUAAAGAUCCUAGACAAAACCAAGCUGGAUCAGAAGACCCAGAGGCUGCUGUCCAGAGAGAUCUCUAGCAUGGAGAAGCUCCACCAUCCCAACAUUAUACGCCUCUAUGAGGUGGUGGAGACGUUGUCCCGAUUACACCUGGUGAUGGAGUACGCAGGGGGAGGGGAACUCUACACAAAAAUUACUACAGAGGGGAAACUUUCUGACCUCGAUAGCAAGAUCGUCUUUGCUCAGAUCCUCUCUGCUGUUAAACACAUGCAUGAAAACAACAUCAUCCACCGUGACCUGAAGGCAGAAAACGUCUUCUACACCAGCAGCUCUUGUGUCAAAGUGGGGGACUUUGGCUUCAGCACCCUAAGCCGCCGCAGCGAGACACUCAACACGUUCUGUGGCUCUCCGCCUUACGCAGCGCCUGAGCUCUUUCGUGAUGAGCACUACGUUGGCGUCUUUGUAGACAUCUGGGCCUUGGGGGUGAUGCUGUUUUUCAUGGUGACAUGCACCAUGCCGUUCAGGGCCGACACUGUGGCCAAAUUAAAGCGAUGCAUCCUAGAGGGGGCCUACGUCCUGCCCUCGUGGGUGCCGGAGGCGUGCCAGAGGCUGAUCAGGGGAAUCCUGCAACCCAUACCAUCUGAGCGUUGUACAGUGGAGCAGAUGAUGGGCUGUGAGUGGUUGCUCCCUGUGGACUUCCCGCACGCCAUGGAGCCCUUUAAACUAGACCCAUCCUACCUAGCCGAGACCGAUCCAUCUGACCUUGGGGAGGAAGAGAUGGAGGUAAACGCGGCACUGGAGACACUAGGUAUCACCUCAGAACACAUCCUCAACAACCAAGGGAAAGACUGCAGGAGCUCCAUCACAGGGGUCUACAGAAUCCUGCUACAUCGGGCACACAAGAAACGGGCUGUUGAGAGCAUGCCGGCGGUCAAAAAGGUGGUCAGACCAACUACAAAGAGUAAAAAGGAACGGCUAAAAGUGUACCGUAGUUUAAGGCACACAUCUAAACUCUGUGUGAUUCUGUGACAUAACGCUCUGCUAUGCUCUAGAAAACCAUUGACUUUAUAGUCCGGGAUGAGAUUGCAUGGAUUUCCUUACAACUAUAUGCUUUUCAGGCCAGCAGUUUAAAUUGAAAUCAUGGUAUAUUAUCCUACUCAGCUCUUGAAAUCUGGGAUUUCUUACUUUAAUCUCUUUCUUGUAGUUACUAAUAUUAGUCUCUGUGAGAAGAUUGAUGGCUGCAAAUCAUUGUUUUCUCCCUUUUUUGACACGGCCAGGGACGUGUAAUCUAAUGAAAAUAUCAUGAAAUACAAUUUAUUUAAGUAAACAUAAUGAUGAUUAGAUGGCAUAGACAACUUUUUAUUUUGGUCACGUACGCAAGAUAUUUAUAGCCUAUUUUAUGCUCAGUUGUGCUGGAACACCAAUAAACCCUGUGAGAAAUCAAUGUAGCAUAAAUCUUAAAUAAAAGAGUUAGAAACCCAAUCGUUAAGCGGAGGUGAUAAAUUGGUGAAACAUGGUGUCUCUAAUGCUGAAUUAGACUUUUCUUCAUUGCCUUAGUUUUCUAUCAUGUUAUGAAAUCAGCCAGACUGGUUUGUAAUCCUUAAUGUUUAUGAUGACAUGACAUAUAUCUCUAUGAGAUGUUUCUGCUGUUAGACGGAUUUACCUGAAUUUCCUUAAUCC